CUACGAAUCUCACUCUCUCGCCAUGACUAGUCUGGGCUUCACCCGCCGUCUAGUCAUAGACGGCAAAGGAUAUCGCUUCACCCUCCCACCCUUAGGCUUCCCCGACCCCGAAGGCGACUAUGCCACGGUCGAAGUCAGCAUCACCGACAAGUACUUUCACCUCCUCACGCCUCUACCUACUUACUCCGCACAGCGUAGCGAGCCCCGACUGCGAUGCCCCUCUGGCGAAUACGACACCAUCGAGGUCUGCCACGCUGAAGCGAUCUGGUAUCUGCCCGUAUUGCAGCCGCAGGGGACAAGCGUGCCAGAGACGUUUCGCGUGAGGGUGAGGCGACUGCCUGCGGGCGGCACUGCUUCGCAAGCUACGGCAGGAGGGUCGUACUUCUACUUUCAGUCCUCGGUGCUCAUGGGACAGGUGCUCAAAGAUUCCCUCAAGAAGGACGACAGGCCAGAUGUCAUGCGUCGCUACACGAGACAUUCUCUGAUGGAGCACCGACGGCUAUCAUCCUUCGAGCUCAUCCGGCUGAGAGAGAUGACUUCAAGUCGCUCGCUCGACUACGCCACCGACAAGUGGGCAUUUGCCACGAACAUACCCGAGACUGCCUGGCAGCCCCUGCCAGCUCACGCUAUGAGGAAGGGCGCUCAGCGACAGUACGUGAACGCAGCACGCAAGUUUCACAAGGAGGCACCUAUCAGCUCCGAGGAGUGGGUCGAUGCUCUUGAGCCUCAAUUGCGGGGCCGAAGCAAGCCGCGCCAGUUUCGUACGCGACUCUUCGCAGUUUCAAGCAGUGUGGUGACCGACAACGGGCGGACAUCCUCCGGUCUCGCAUCUGCGUUUUCCUCUGUAUCGAUCUCUGACAAGGGCGACAACGGCGAUAAAGAGAGCAAUGACGCCCCUCGCCUCCCAGAAUACAUCGAUCUUCCCACUCAAAGUCCCGUAUCAGCACCCUCUUCCUCCUCGACGCGCCAGUCUGGGAGCCAAAGCAACUCAAUCCACUCUUCCUUCGAAGCUGCCUACGGCAAAGGCAUCGGUCCGGCUCCUACAGACGAGCAGUACGAGUCCAUCCUCAGCGACCCAGAAGCCCAACUGUUCGAGAUCAAAUUGCCCCACGGCUCCAUUGCGACUACUUUCAUGCGGGGCACUUACCACCUCGAGACCGGACUAAACGUCAACUCCGCUUUCAAUAAUCGUAUCAAUUGGGUCAAGUACGUCGACAAGGUGCCCAAGGGGGACCGAGUGCCACUGCGGGCUGAGCGGGCAGACCCACGUCUGGUACGCAAGAAGCCGUACUGGUCGGCCGAUGUUGAGAACGGCACCCUCUCUUACAUCACCUCGAUGCCUGCAGCGCGUCGCAAGCCGCUGUGGACAACCUUGACCGAGCCUGGCGCCGGACUGCCUUGCACGAUCAAGGGCAGCACGCUCGAAGUCACCAUCAGCAAAGAGCAUCGCAUCGCGCUGCCUGCGGGUCAUGCCUGUACCCCGGGUCGUGCCCUCCUGAAGAUGGUUCCUGUCGAUGCCUCGCGAUAUGCCUGCCAACCCUCCGCAGCAAGCGCAGAAGCCUCUUACUUCCUUAAACAUUACCAACUCAUCCUGGCGCAGAAUGGCAAGCAGAUCCCUGUGUGCGAGCCCCUCUCAAGCUACCUGGACAUGGAGCUCGAUACCCUGCUCAGCAUCUUAGGCGAGUUUGCCUCAGUAGAAGGGCGCCCAGGCAAGAUUCUCUACUCUGUGGCCUCUGAGCCGCACCCGAGCAUUGCUGCCUGCCAUGACGUCGGCGUUCGCCUGCGAGACGGUGGGGCUCGAUUCCCCAUCAUCAACAAGGGCAAAGAUCGCAAGCGCAUCAAGAUGCCGAGCACGGCUUUCCUGCACUCCAAGUGGGGCACAUUCGUUAAUAUUCCCGAGCGAGACUGGCAUAAGGAGCGUGAGGUCAACUUGCGCAUCGAGGUAACGGGAGGGCAGCCGCAGGACCUCGUUCUGCGUGUAAAACGGUCUCUUGACGGCGAUUACGGGUAUCUGGAGCACGCAUUCAGGUCGAGGGGCAGUUUCGAGCCGAUCCGGGAUGACGAGUGGAAACUCUUCUGGAAUGUGGCUACGGGAGGAGGGGCGGAGCCGUGGGUUGGCACCUUCUUCCUCAAGAUCGCUCGUCUAAGCUUUGGACGUGAGGAGGUGCUGAGGCCGGCCGAGUGGCUGCGUUGA